AUUGUUAUUUAACAAAAAAAUAAAUUAUAUGAAUUUUAAUGAAUCUUAAAGAAACUUUAAUAAAUUUUAAUUAAUUUCAAUUAAAUGUAACGAAUCUUAUUGAAUCUUAGUGAAAAGGGGUCAAUUGAAAGAGAUUUUCAAUAAAAUUUUCAGUAAUAUAUUUCCAUCAGGGAUGUAUAGGAUAUGUAUUAAAUUAUUAUGUAAUUUUAGAUUGAACAGGAUGUUAACUUAAAGAAAAAAACUUUUAUUGUUAAUAUUAUUAUUUAUAAUAAUAAUUAAAAAAAUAAAAAACAAAAGGAAACAUAAAAUAUGGGCCAACAGAAGAUGGUACGUAAGACCCAUUAAUAGAAAGAGACAACAACAAGGGGAGUACCAUAAUUUAUUUAAAGAGCUCAAAGGAUCUAAGGACAACGAUAUGUUUUUUGAAUACAGCAGAAUGUCAAUGCUGCAUUUUGAAAAGUUAUUACAUCUUGUACAGCCUCGUCUUAUUAAAAGAAGUAAAAGAGCUCUUAUUCCAGAAGAAAGACUUCUUAUUGCGCUGAGAUAUCUUGUAACCGGGAAUUCAAUAAGUUUCAUUGCUUUUUCUUUUCGAGUUGGUCAAUCUACAGUAAGAAAUAUAAUAAAAGAAGUCUGCGUUGUAAUUUCUAACACUCUAAGUUCUUUGUAUUUGACGGUUCCAACAGAAGAAGAGUGGAAAUCGAUUACUGGUGGAUAUUGGAACACAUCCCUUAUGGAAAAAACACUACAAAUAACACUUUAAAAAAUACUCAAGUUGAGUAUAAUUUGGGACAAGGGGUAAACACUCAUUUCAGUGUAAACACUCAACUUGGGUGUUUGCUCUUUAAUUUACUUUUAAUUAGAGUGUUAUUAC